AGAAUGUGAUGCGCGACAAACAAGGGCUAACUCAUUAAAAGCAAAGCGCUGCAUCAGAUUCCAAUCUUCGCAUUCCAUCUUUCGCCAGCCAAUUAAGUUCCAAUGGCGGAGGAAGGAAAACCGCUGCGGAAAAUUGCGGAGGCCUUUAAAGAACUGGCCAACGCGAUAAAUUCCCAAAGCCCAGAUGGGGAUGAAGAACCCCGGAUCGAAUUGGGUCAAUUCUCUUUGGCUUGUUCUCUCGUAUCCCCUCUGUUUGGCUGCCUUGGCAUAGCCUUCAAGUUCGCCGAACGCGAUUAUGACGAUAAAGUGCGUGAUCUUGCAGAGGCAUCUAAAUCAAUCUCAACACUAGAAGUGAUGAUGGAUAAGGAUAUUGAAUCCAAUUGUGUAAGGACGGGUGGGAGCCAUACGAGGAAUCUUCUGAGAGUGAAGCGUGGGCUUGACAUGGUCAGGGUUUUGUUUGCCCAAAUUCUUGCUUCAGAGGGGAAUUCAUUGAAGGAUCCAGCAUCAAAAGCUUAUGCACAAGUAUUUGCUCCAUACCACAGCUGGGCUAUCAGGACAGCUGUAGGUGCAGGAAUGUAUGCCCUUCCAACGAAGGCACAGCUACUGAAGAAACUCAAUGAAGAUGAAGCCUCGGCAAGAAUUCAAAUGCAAAACUACAUUGCCUCAUCGACCCCUGUCAUUAUAUAUAUUGAUCAACUCUUCAACACAAGAAAACUUGGCAUUAAUUGGUGAAACUGUGGAGCUGCUUGAUCCUGAUCCAAGUAUUAUGUAUCAUCUCAGAACUGACUGAUGUUAUUAACUUAUCAUUUACUAUAAUGUUUCAAGUGACUUGUGCUACUUCUUUGUUGUAUAUUUUUAUCACAAAAUUGUUGCUAAAAGGAAUAAGUGAUGUGUUUUAUUGACUGCUAA